AAUGACAAUUACAACAAUACUGAAUGAACAAUGAAAAUUUUUAUUUUAACUUGAUAUAAUACAUAAAAUCAACUUAGUCUCAAAUAAAUAAUGAAACAUGUUCAAUUUGGUUUAAAUAAGGCAAAAACACAGUGUUGGAGAAGAAAGUAAAAGUCCAAUAUGUGCCAUUUAAAAAUGCUAACAUCUUCAAUAUUCCCAGUUAAUAAGUUUUAGGUUGUAGUUAUUAUAGGAUUUAUAGGACUAUUUCUCUCUCUACCAUUUGUAUUUCAUAUACCUUUGACUAAUGGAUGUUCUUAUAGGCACUUUAGUAUUGCCAGCCUAAUCUCGGGAGUUGAUAGGGUUAAAGUCAUAAACAGCGUUGUGCUGUUUCAAUGAAUGCUUACGAGCCUGCUGCUGCCUACCACCGCUCAGACUGCUCUAUCAAAUAUCAAAUCAUAUACUUAAUUGUAAUAUAAUAAACACACAGAAAUACGAGCCUUUGGUAAUUAAUAUGGUCAAAUCCAGAAACUAUCAUUUUGAAAACAAAACGUUUAUUCUUUCAGUGAAAUACGGAACUGUUCCGUAUUUUAUCGAACGGGUGGCAACCCUAAGUCUAGAUAUUGCUGUUACAUUGCACAACCUUCAAUGUUAUGUCUUAAUUAUGUAAAAUUCUGGCUAAUUAAUUACGGUCUUUGUUGGGAAGAAAUGGUCUUCACAUAGUUCACAACGAGCCAGGCGGCCCAAACUGCUGCAUAUACCCUGACUCUGCUUGCACUGAACGCAAGAGAAGUGACACAAAGUCCCUAGUUAAUAUUCCCUGCUUACAUGAAUGACUUAACUUCAUAUGCCGGUUUAAAAAAAUAUAUACUGGUGUAUUAUUUUAAGAAAGGCAUUGAUGUUUAUGGUUAGGUACAUUGGUGCAACGAUUGUGCUUUUUCCCCGAAUGCGCUUUUGUUAAAUCAUCACCCGUUUGGUGAAGUUGAAGUGGGCUGUGAUUCGAUGAUAAAUUAACAGGCACAAGCUAGUUAACCUAGUAAUAUCAUCAACCAUGUGUAGUUAACUAGUGAUUAUGUGAAGAUUGAUUGAUUGAUUUUUAUAAGAUAGGUUUAAUGGUAGCUAGCAACUUACCUUGGCUCCUUGCAGCCACAAGGUCCAUUUGAUGCUGCACUUGCGUAACAGGUGAUCAGCCUGCCACGCAGAUUGCAAUGUAAUCGGCCACAAUCGGCGUCCAAAGAGGCCGAUUACCGAUUGUUAUGAAAACUUGAAAUCGGCCCUAAUUAAUCGGCCAUGCCGAUUUAAUCGGUCGACCUCUAGAGUGCACACUAUUUGCCUCAUGCAGCACAACACAUCUCCUUCGCAUAGAGCUGAUCAGGCUGUUGAUUGUGGUCUGUGGAAUGUUGUCCCACUCCUCUUCAAUGGCUGUGCGAAGUUCAAAGAUAUUGGCGAGAACUGGGACAUGCUGCUGUACACGUUGAUCAAGAGCAUCCCAAACAUGCUCAAUGGUUGACAUGUCUAGUGAGUAUGCAGACCAUGGAAGAACUGGGACUUUUUCAGCUUCCAGGAAUUGUGUACGAUGCGACAUGGGGGCCAUGCAUUAUCAUGCUGAAACAUGAGGUGAAGGUGGCGGAUAAAUGGAAUGUUAUCUCUGUGUAUUCAAAUUGCCAUCGAUAAAAUGCAAUUGUGUUUGUUGUACGUAGCUUAUGCCUGCCCAUACCAUAACCCCUCCACCAUCUGCUCGGUACAGUUGAAACCCGGAUUAAUCUGUGAAAAGCACAGUUCUCCAGUGUGACAGUGGCCAUUUGAAGGUUACGACACCGAUCUGCAGUCAGGUCAAGUUCCUGGUGAGGAAGACAAGCAUGCAGAUUAGCUUCCCUGAGACCUGUUUCCGGCAGUUUGUGCAGAAAUUCUUCAGUUGUGCAAACCCACAGUUGUAGUUAACUAGUGAUUAUGUGAAAAUGUAUUGUUUUUUAUAAGUUAAGUUUAAUGCUAGCUAGCAACUUACCUUGGCUCCUUGCAGCCACAAGGUCCUUUUGAUGCUGCACUCACGUAACAGGUGGUCAGCCUGUGGCUGGUUUCAGUCGAUCCCGCAGGGGAAGAAGCUGGAUGUGGAGAUCCUCGGCUGGCGUAAUUAUACGUAGUCUGUGGUUUUGAGUCCGGUUGGAGGUACUGCUAAAUUCAACAUUGGAGGCGGCUUUAUGGCAGAGAAAUGAACAUGCAACAGCUCUGGUGGACAUUCCUGCAGUCAGUUGUGGCAUUGUGCUGUGUGACACAACAGCACAUUUUUGAGUGGCCUUUUAUUGUCCCCAGCACAAGGUGCACCUGUGUAAUGAUCAUGAUGUUUAAUCAGCUUCUUGAUAUGCCACACCUGUCAGGUGGAUGGAUUAUCUUGGCGAAGGAAAAAUACUCACUAACAGGGAUGUAAACACAUUUGUGCACAACAUUGGAGAGAAAUUAGCUUUUUGUGUGUAUGAAACAUUUCUGUGAUCUUUAAUUUCAGCUCAUGAAACAUGGGACCAACACUUUACAUGUUGUGUUUAUAUUUUUGUUCAGCAUAAAUAAGGCUCUGGAGUUCAGACUUUGUGUCAUAGCAGUUUGUUAUCAUUGACCUGCGACCUAUGACCUCUCUCCCUUAGUGAAGGGGGCAAAUGGGCAGCUGUGCUGUGUCAUAUUCUGAGCCCCCUACCCCAGGUCCUCUGCCCCCCUGUCUCUCCAUAGCAGCCAGUCACCUGUAAGUAUGUAUGGAGUUUAGGUUUUGACCCAGAAGAUACUUACUCACAUGCAUGCACCUGGUUUGCACUCAGUCUGUUUGGAUGCACUAACCUGCUGGAGAGGCACAUCCUGAAGGCAGUCCUCCUGAUUUGUCUGUGGCACGGCCCUGGGACACCCAGCAAAGUUACUUAACAAGGAUGCUGUCAGUCAGGUGUCUAACAGUGCUGACUGAUCCAACACUUUUUCAGUGAUGAAAGUGGAAAAGAGACGUGUAAAGACAGUCAGUGAUGUAGGCCUAGUCUGGAAUGGUGCUAUGGUAGCUAACCUUUUUUGUUGAGUGAGGCUGAAAUUUUGCUCUUUAGUCCAUCAACUAAUGAGCCAAUAAAGAUGAAAUACUGACUAGCUGCUGUGUGUUUGUAUUCGUCUCCACGUCGUUGGUUGGUGGGAUGGAAUGAUGUGUUGGUGGUUUAAGGCUAUCAGUCCUUUUGAAGGCAUGCUGUUUUUCUCCACUACUUGUUUGACAUGAAUGGUAUUACCCGCCUGAAAUUAAUAUGUCCUUUUAUCAAGCAUGGUCUGUGCACUCUGUCAUCACACUAGGAGUGAUUUUAGUUUUUCCUAACCUUCGAAUGUGCCUCUGCUGAAGAGUAAAGGAAAAGACCGGUGUCUUCAUAUCAUUCCUCAUGGCAAAAUACCCAGCCAAUAGAGUGACUUCACAAAACCAAGAACUAACAGCUGCUACACUUUGCAAACGUUACCAACUAAUUCUCACCUUGAUUGUAUAAUGAUCAUGUUCUCAUUUGUACUUAGAUGAGCCUAGCGUACAUACAGUGCAUUCUGAAUGUUUUCAGACCCCUUCACUUUUUCCACAUUUUGUUACUUUACAGCUUUAUUCUAAAAUGGAUUAAAUAAAUAAAAAAAGUAAUCAAUCUACACACAAUACCCCAUAAUGACAAAGUGAAAACAGGUUUUUAGAAAAUUGUGCUAAUUUAUAUAAAAAAAUAAACAGGCCUAAUUUACGUAAGUAUUCAGACCCUUUGCUAUGAGACUCAAAAUUGAGCUUAGGUGCAUCCUGUUUCCAUUGAUCGUCCUUGAGAUGUUUCUACAACUUGAUUGGAGUCCACCUGUGGUAAAUUCAAUUGAUUGGACAUGAUUUGGAAAGGCACACACCUGUCUAUAUAAGGUCCCACAGUUGACAGGACAUGUCAGAGCAAAAACCAAGCCAUGAGGUUGAAGGAAUUGUCCAUAGAGCUCUGAGGCAGGAUUAUGUCGAGGCACAGAUCUGGGGAAGGGUACUAAAACAUUUCUGCAGCAUUGAAGGACCCCAAGAACACAGUGGCCUCCAUCAUUCUUAAUUGGAAGAAAUUUGGAGCCACCAAGACUCUUCCUAGAUCUGGCCAAACUGAGCAAUCGGAGAAGGGCCUUGAUCAGGGAGGUGACCAAGAACCCGAUGGUCACUCUGACAAAGCUUCAGAUUUCCUCUGUGGAGAUGGGAGAACCUUCCAGAAGGACAACCAUUUCUGCAGCACUCCACCAAUCAGGCCUUUAUGGUAAAUUGGCCAGAUGGAAGCCACUCCUCAGUAAAAGGGACAUGACAGCCUACUUAAAUAAGGGUUAAAUACUUUCUUAUUUUUUUAACUAGGCAAGUCAGUUAAGAACAAAUUCUUAUUGACAAUGACGGCCUACCCCAGCCAAAUCCAUACGAUGCUGGGCCAAUUGUGCACCUCCCUAUGGGACUCCCAAUCAUGGCGAGUUUUGAUACAGCCUGGAAUCGAACCAGGGUCUGUAGUAGCGCCUCUAGCACUGAGAUGCAGUGCCGUAGACCACUGCGCCACAUGGGGGCCCACUUGGAGUUUGCCUCUUUGAACCAUGGUGGUGGCAGCAUCAUAGUGUGGGGAUGUUUUCGGGCGGCAGGGACUGGGAGACUAGUCAGGAUCGAGGGAAAGAUGGAUGGAGCAAUGUACAGAGAGAUCCUUGAUGAAAACAUGCUCCAGAGCGCUCAGGACCUCAGACUGGGGCGAAGGUUCACCUUCCAACAGGAUAAUAACCUUAAGCACACAGCCAAGGCAACGCACAUCUCUUUAGAGACCUGAAAAUAGCUGUGCAGCGAUGCUCCCCAUCCAACCUGACAGAACUUGGGAGGAUCUGCAGAGAAGAAUGGGAGAAGCUCCACAAAUACAGGUGUGCCAAGCUUGUAGCGUCAUACCCAAGAAUAAUCACAGCCAAAUGUGCUUCAACAAAGUACUGAGUAAAGGGUCUGAACACUUAUGUAAAUGUGAUAUUUCAGUUAUUUUUUAAAUAAAUGUUCAAUAAUGUCAAACAGUUUUUGCUUUUUCAUUAUGGGAUAUUGUGUGUAGAUUGAUGAGGAAAAACAUAUUCAAUCCAUUUUAGAAUAAGGCUAACGUAACAAAAUGUGGAAUAAGUCAAGGGGUCUGAAUACUUUCCGUGUGCACUGCAUCUUCCCUUGUCCUCAGUCCUACAUCAUCGUCUCCCUAUUUCUCUCCCUGCUCAUACUUUUCUUAUGCACAUUCUCUUUUCUCUCUUUCAAUGCCUUCCUCCCUGUCCUCUCCUCGUCCCCCUGUCCCUCUCACAGAGAAGCUGAUUGAGGGACUGAAGUCCCCUGAGACAUCUCUGCUGCUCCCUGACCUUUUACCCCUGGCUGACCCCUUCAGCAGCUCUGCAGAGGGCAACAGCAAUGCAGUGAAGGCUGAGAUGUGUGUGGACUCUCUCAUCCCGGGCCUGGAUACAGUCUCAGCCAGCCUGCCAGAUCCUCUGGCUGGAGAGGAAUCUCUGCUGGGCUGCUCUCUGCUGUCUCACACCUCCACCCCUGGGGAUCAAACUGUCUGUGCACCACCCUCCUCCUGCUCCUCUGCCCCUCCUGGCUCUGCUUCCUGUCUGGACAAGCUAGCUCCAGUCUCAUUUGGCACUGCCCAGACAUCUGCUGACUCUGCUUACCUCAUGUUGGGCUUCCAGCCGCCUGAGGCUGGGGAGAAGGGCACUGAGGACGAGUUUGACCCCAUCCCUGUGCUCAUCUCCAAACACUCCAACAACCAAGAGCUGAAAGGGGAGAGUAAAAGCCACGCUGUGCUAGACAAGGGGAGGUCAAAGAUUGAGCUGCCUGAAGAAGGCCACAGAGCAGACAAGGGCUGUGUCCACUCCAGCGAUGAGGAAUUUGAGGAGGAAGACAAGAGAAAGGAGGUGCAAUGCAGGAGGGCCAGUGAGAGUGAUGAGGUGGUCCAUGACUGCAGUGGUUCCAGACCUUUGCUGCUGGAUUCAGAUGAAGAGGAGGAGCAGGGGUCUGAAUUACCCCUCCCACCCUCCCAGCCACGCCUAUCACACCCACAACUCUCCACUCCCUCCAACCAACCUACCCCAGGCCCACAUGUCCCAUGCCAGAAUAAUUCCCACCAGAUGCCCCAGAAAGCCAGGAGGGGUGAGGUUGUCCCUGAUGUCUUCUCCAAAGCCCCCUUCAGGGUUGGACAGGAAGAGGCAGGCGAUGUGUUCGCAAAUGCCCCAUUCCCACGUCCCCUUGUUGUGACUCAACAGCAUCCAGAUGUCUUCCUGCAGGCCCCCUUUGUGAAGCCCAAGACCCUGCACCCUCACCCAGCUGUGCUUUACCCUGUGGCCUCUGAACCAGCCCUCUUGAGCCAGGUGGCCCCGCAGCCUUUCCGCCCACAGGCCCUGGCCAAGUACUCCCGACACUUUCAAGGCCCAUUGCCUCAGCAGCCUGUGACAGCUCAGAGGGUGUUGUCCAGCGUGAGCAGGCAGACUGCUGUGAGCUCAGUACCCGUGGGACCCUUACACUCCUGGACUUCAGAGGUGAGUGCAGUAGACCCCUUUGUCUCUGCGCCCUUUCACCUCAAGGCCCCGCAAGAAAAGCCCUGAAAGCUCCCAUCCUUCCCUACAAAGCAGGGGAGCCAGCAUUGGAGGCCACACCUGUGCACACUACACUAAAGCAUACACACUGCAUGCUGUCACCAGCACCGGGGCUGGACUGCAGGGUGGCAUAGAACUCUUAAGAUCUUAUCCUUUACAAACUCGGAAAAAGGUUAUGAAAUUGCGCACGGUCAUCAAUGCACUUUUUUGCUGCAGUAGAAUAGAGGUUCCAGUCAGUCCCAGUUAUCCCUGUGCUGGUAGCUGUCAUAUCCUUUGGUAUGCACAGAGGAUAUGGCAGUUGUUGUUUUUUUCUGCCUACCUCAGUUUGUCCUCAGCUUUUCCAUCGGAGCGAAAACAUUGCUCAAUUUAGAGAGCUUCUUGUUGGGGGCCAGUGUUGGAGGUUUAGAUACAGACAGGACACACACAUCCCCCGUUCUAGGCUUUACCGCUUAAUGAAAUUUGACCCUCUGCUCCUUCACUCAGUUCAUUAUCCAUUGCUCUGUAAGGUCCAAUAAGUAUUCCCAUGACAGCCCUGAUCUCUCAGGGUGAUGAUGUCACUACUCAUCCAGGGGUUAUCCUCUCACAGGGGCCCAAGAAAGGCCUCCUAUAUUGGUUCCUCUACAUGUCUUAUAUACUUCUGUUGUUUUGGAAGUUAUCUGAUGACCAUUUUAGCCUAUUUAGUGGUGUAUACUUUUUACGAGGUAGGUUAAUGUACAUCUGGCGGUGCUGUCAUAUUUGAUCAUUUAUAAUAUUAAUCGGAUGCUGGAUUAUGUUGCACAUGUCAAACUAUAAUGCAUUAUGAGUUGACAUUUUAGCCUUUGUUUUGAUGCAAUCCUUCUUAUUCACUUGUGUUUAUGGUCACCUGACUCACAGUGCUGCUAAAGUCAGCCUACGGCAUCUGUCACUUACUGUACAUGCAGGGCAUAUAGUACAGAGCGUACCUUACUGAGGUCAAAGGUCAGAGUUUCACCUUAAACCUGUCAUCACUUGUGGGUGCCUCUGCUGUAUGUAAUUUGGUGUUAGUUGACUUUCAUUUUGAACUGAGCAGGUUGUUAAUGUUGUAGCAGAGACACCUUAUAGAAGUCCUCAAAUCUCACGACCAGCACUGUUGGCAAAGUCCCAGUCAGCACCUCCACUACACUCCGUCAGCAUCUACUGUUAAUGCUAUGUAACUCUAUGCACUCACAUUCCACACCUGCUCAUUCAAUAAUUUUCUUAAAUAGCAAGCCUACAUUCUACCUGCACUCGAUUCAAUAAGAUUUGGAGACCUUUACAAUCAGCAACCAAUUCUACCUUUACAAAUCAGCACCCCCUGUCAGAACAUAUCAGAAUAACUAAAACCCUUGUGAAGCACCUCAAGCAAAACACACAACUUUCACCUGUGGCAAGUCAGACACACACUUACCUACACAUGCUCAAAAGACACAAUUCCAAGUAAAGGGUCAACACAUGGUUUCAUCAUAAACCCAUAAGUGUUAAGCUUUCGCACUUCUACACCAGAUUUUGCAUUCCUUUUUUUAUAGCCAUAUGAAAUGCUGAUAUGGUGAUAUGGUGAUAUGGUAUUCCACUGACUAUUGUAGAGUCUUGAAGCACUUUUCAAUGUUUGCGAUCCAUUACAUUACCUAGUGAUGGUGUGGACCAAUACAGACUUUCUCAGCUACUUGAUCCAAAGUAAGAAUCCCCGUCUUAAAACGAGAAAUUAUUCUGAUUUGCUUUUUGUAAUUUGUGAUUACUCUUUGUAUAACAUGUUAAUUCAUCUGCCGUGCAAAUGAAGACUGAACACCAUCAGCAGCAAUGAUAAUGUACUCUACAAUUACAUGUGUUGAGGUGACAGCUUUCUGAAGUUGUUGAAAUAGUUUCUUUGUAGGUCCUUUCCUGGAAAACUUAAGCAGCAUUUUGGUUUGAUUUGUCUGACUGUAAUAUGUUGUGUUGUAAAGUGUGGUGGCUGAUUCUACAGCACGCCUCACCUGCUGAACCCUAAAAGAACCCAUAUCAAAAUACUUGAGUCAUGCAAAGCUUGCCGUUCAACACCAUAUCUUGUAUGUUCUUACGUAAAGAUGAAGUUAAAUAAAUGUAUGCAAAACAAGUAAAUCUCAGUUGUAA